ACACACACACACACACAGACACACACACACACACACACACACACACAGACACACACACACACAAACGAAUAAUCUGGUCCCGAGCUAGAAGGUCCAUAACAGCCAUAACUAGGAUCCAGAGCAAUUUGGAGAAAUCGAACGGGCGCAUGGACACUAGGGUCCUCCUGGAAGCCAUGUCCGAGGACAAAUCACACCUGGCCAAAUUCCUCCUCGAUGCGCUGGACGGCAAAAUCGUGGAUACCCGAACGGAAGGCGCGCAGACCCCGCUCGUGCGCUGCGUGCUUCUGAGCGACUGUCGGACGCGGUGUGCGGCCGUGGAACUGCUGCUGCAGCGAGGGGCCGGGGUCAACCACCGGGACCACCGCGGGCGGACGGCGCUGAGCUACGCGAGUGAAAGGGGAUAUUUGGAUGCCCUUAAGAUCCUGGUUCGCUAUAACGCGGACCCCGAAAUCGUUGAUAUGCGGGGGAAUACCGCCCUGAUGUACGCCGUUGUGGCCGGCCAAGUGCAAGUGGUGGAGUUUUUAGUAAGAGCUUUUAAGAGAAUGGGCCUUCAGAUUGAAAUGCGAAACAAAGUCGGAAAUUCUGCGGUGGUAGUUGCGAGGUUUCUCGGCCACACCGAGUGCCUUUUUGCGCUCACCAAUAACGCCAAAUGGGGACGCGAGCACGGAACAAGUGCAGACUCCACGGAGGAGUUUGAGAGACAAGGCGACCGUUCACUCGCGCCCCCGAAAGACCUGGUGUUCUCCGGUGUCCUUACCCCUAAGCCGCCAACCCGGCAGACCAUUACGCACAAGCCCAUUACGCACCAAGUCGGAGAUAAGUUAAGCAAAGUAACGACAACAGACUAUCAAAUGCCUCCAUUACGCGGGAGAAGUGGCGCUCCGGGGCUCUACUCGCCCCGUCCCGGCAAAACAGCGGCGCGUGAACCUUUUGCGCUCUCCAACCCCUGCACGCCUAGCCCCAUCGGCGUCCUGCUGACACCCAUCACAAAUGAGAUGGGGUCGGAACGGGAAAAACACCACGGGUUAGAGUUCGGUGAGCGUGGAUUCGAAGAGAGCUACUACCAGAAGAGGUGUAGUUUGCCCGUUAGUUUUCUCCGUCCCGCGCCUGCGGGUCGCACUUUACUGUCUUUACGCGAAUGCCAAACGAUCGGGAGGCGCACAGCAUCUCCACACGAGGUUGAAGUGUCCGAUUCAGCAGAUUCGCCGACUUCACUCGCGGGAUUCUCGGAGUUCGGCAGCAAACUUUUACGCCGCUUUACCUUCCCAGAGUUAAAAAUGGGUGGUGGUGGUGGUAAAGAGUCAGCAGAGAGCAGCACAGCGUCUGUUGUCCCGCCCACACGAGGUCGCCCGUCAUUGGCUAUAGCUCGGAUCCCGGAGACCUACCCGCAGAUCACGAGGCAGAGCCGGGUCACGGGGCACCCCCAGGUCGGCAGUAAGUCUAGCGUGGGCAGCAUCAGCGCUGUGAGUUGCGAGUUCGACUUUCAUGACGGAACGCCCAGCUCUUAAAGCGAUUUGACCAAACCCCAUCGACCAAUCCCGACCUGGGAUAUGUUAUGUUGAUACAUUAAGGAUUG